AUGACUACUGCUGCUACUGCUACUACUGACGCUGGCUUGGCUGUUUAUUCUUCGGAUGAUGUGUCCAAGCACAACACAAAAAAUGAUUUGUGGAUGACUAUUCACGAUAAAGUGUAUAAUGUUACUGAAUUCAUUUGGGAGCAUCCUGGUGGCGAGGAAGUAUUAGUUGAUGAAGCAGGCAAAGAUGCAACUGAGGCAUUUGAAGAUAUUGGACACUCUGAUGAAGCUAGAGAAAUUUUGAAAAAAUAUUUGAUUGGCACUUUGGACGAAGAAUCUAAGAAGCGGACUCAUAAAUUUAAUGUUAUCCGUGCUGGAGAGCUUCCCGAAGAAAAGAAGUCGACAGGAUCUGUUUUACGUGUCAUUUUGCCUGCUCUUGCGGUGGCUGGUAUCUUGGUUUACAAGUUUGUUCUUGCACCUCAACGCCAUUAG